AUGUUCGCCUACGUGAAGUACAUACAAGAUGGGUGUAAGGAAAUCGUCCCCAUAGCCGAUAUUAAAGACUUUGACCCGAAAACGGGAGACCUCAGCAAAACGUACUGGGUGCGCUGGCAGGAUAAAUAUUUCAAGGGACAAAUAUUGCUCCUAAAGAAGUCCAGAGAAGAGGUUGAAGAAGUGCUUGCGCAGGGUAAGCGGGUUCGUGUUAAACUCCUCAAGGACUCAUCACCUCCACGGCCGCGCUCCGAGGAAGAGGAAGCCAAAAUCAUAAAUAAAAAAGCUGCAGAAGAGGCCAAACGAAAAAACCUUUUGGCCUUACUAAAAGAGCGACAAAACAAAAGAAAACUGUCUCCACUCUGCCCAACUCCAAACAAAAAAACAAAAGCUGAUAACCUGUCCAACAAGGUUGAUGAUGGUGAGGAUAAGGUGGACGAUGAUGAUGAUGAUGAUGAUGAUGGCGAUGACGACGACGAUGAUGAUGAUGGUGGGGUUGUACCUGAAAAACUGUUUCAGGAGGCAAGACAAAAGCAACUAUUAUACAAAAAACAGGUCAACAAAAUGUCUCUGCAACUGCAGGAAACUAAACAGAAGCUAGAGGAGCACAUGAAACGAAGUGCAGAAGUUGAGGCGGAGAAUAAACAGCUACGUUCAUUAAACAUGCAACUGCAGCAACAGUUGCUAAAAUCACUCAACUCUUCAUCUGAUUCUAGACCACCAAAACCAAAGGGGACCAUAAAUGUACAAAACCCUCAGCAACAAAAACCAAAGAGCACCUUACAAAUUGCAGAGGCUGACUGUGAGCAGCAAUCACUAUCCAGACAAGAAGAUGAGAUUCAAUUGGUGAAACUUGGAGACAUCCAAAUCCGCAGUGACACCUGGACAGCAAUCCAAAAAAACACCAGGGAUUCUUUAUUUGUGAAAGAAUUGGCUGUGGCAUUCUGGGGCACAAAGACUCUGGGGGACAGAAGUCUCACAGGGAAAGAAUGCCCCACCACAAAAACUACAAAAAGACCUUUAACCCCACAGAAAUUACACACACUGAAAGCCUGCUUCAAGGAGUGGCUGGUGAAAGGGAAUGUGGAGGAGCCAGAGCUGCAGGCCAGAUUUUCAAAGGCUGGACGCUACAUUACUGAAAAAAUCAUGGACAUUAAAAAACAACAAAAAAAAUGAACAGUUAAUUGAUUUAUGAUGUAAAUGUGUUACACUUAUAAUAACCCCACUAUGAAUCAUU